CAUUCUAGAUCCAAGAUCUUUUCCUCAACACUGGGAGCUGUCCUUUCAGCACCACAAAAUUACUGCUUGAAGCUGCAUUGCAGUUUAUUUUCUUUGUUUUGGUUUUUGUUUGGUUUUUGUUUGGUUCUUUGUUUUUGGUUUUUGGUUUGGUUUGUUUUUGUUUUUGUUUUUGUUUUCCGUUUUCACUGGGAGCUUUUCUUUCAGCACCACAUUGCACCUAGACUUUUGUAACGGCUGCCUUCCUCUUUGCACUGAAGACCAAUUUCGUCUGCACUUCCAGUUAUUUGCUAUUACCUGUAGGACUUUCAAUCCUACUUCACCUCACCCAGCCCACUUCCAAAACAGUAAAUGUAUCUAUUUCUGUGGAAAUCAUUUCUCAUUGAAUGAUCAGAAAGAAUGAUAAGUUCUAACCUGUAACGGCUCAUUUCGACUCAUUGCUUACAGUAGACCUAAGCUCUGUUUUCCUGCUUAUUCGACUCCUUCCAGCUUCCCAUCACAUCUGUAACAAACUUUUAAAAUGAUAUUGCCACACCACCAUGCACAAGCCUACCUGCACAGUAGAGAUAGAUUAUUCCAUCGCAUUCAGAUGGUUAACAGAGGUUAGCAAGUCCUGUAUUAUAUAUUUAUAUCGCUUUCUAAGAAAGUGCAUAUUAAUGUUUACUUUAAGAAUGUGUAAAUGGUGCUAUCAAGAAUCUGAUAAAUUUUAUCCCAGUUUUUUGUGUACCACUUCUAAUGUAUGAGAUUUAUUUUUUUAUUGGAAAAAAUAAACAGUAUGAAAGCAUUAAAUUGGUAGAUCUUAGUAAUUUGACAAUGAAUGGAAUCCCCAUGUUACAGGCCCUAUCUUUUCUUAGAAACUUUAAUGGUGGUAAUAGACUUCAACAGAGGUACUGGUUAUGACAUUCCUUUGAGUCCAUUCUUAUGGUACAUUCUUGAUUCAUAUCAUGAUUUCUCACUGAGUCCUUAAGUAAAUUUUGUUUACUGUAAUUCUUCUCCAAGAAGGGAAUUCUUGCUUUCCAAGGCAGCAAUUGAAAGGAGAUGAAAGUAUAAUUUAACAUUCUACAUCCACAAACACAGUUUAAGACCAGUUACUCUGUUCAUAGCAGAAACUCAUUGAUCAUCAAAUUCAGGGCAAGCAUGGCUAUACGUAAUAAUUUUGAGUGCAAUACAAUCUUAGAAAUUUAAUAUAUACACUUUAUUUAAAAGAUGCAAACAGCCAUAUGAAAUUCUUUGUGAUUAGAAAACAGGAUGAACUCAUUUUGCCUCCUGCUCGGUUUCUCAUAAACAUGAGUACAUGCUAUUGUUGUGCACUGUUGUCCAUAGAUGUCUUUUUACAUAAAGGGUAAGUAUCAUUACUUUACAAUUAUUUUUGAAACUAUGCAUGUUAUUUUUGUUUCAUCAGAUAUGUGCCCCAAUUAAAUAACAUUUUUAUGAAAAAAAGAAAGUAUCAGAAACUUGUGUUAAUUUGAAAACAAAAUGAAGUUUAGAACAUUAUUAGAUAGGAUGUCAUUCCACUGGUCUAUAAAAACAGAAAGCAACUGUUCUUGAAAAUUGAAGCAUUACCUUGUAUAAUUAAUAAAGUACAUCAAAUCAGAUUUGUAAAUAAAAUAUUGUUUAAAUCUAAAGUAUUCAAUAUUUUGAUUAGAUUAUUUUUUUAAGGAAAAUAUUUAACGUGUAUGUGCUGGAUUUUUUUUUAAAUAGUUUUUUAUAAUUGCGAUGGAAGGGCAAUUGUCUCAUUAAAAGUGGUGCAGAGGCCAAUACUUGGGUUGCCAUUAGAUAUAUAAACAAGUGAAAACUGUGGAACAAGUUUUAAGCU